AGGAAAAAAUAACGCCAGAAACGAGGGGAGGACCACACACCCUUCUCAAAAAGGUGAUGUUUCUGGAACCUCAAUCGAAGGAAGAAUACAGAAACAAAAGAAAACGAGUAAAUAUCUUUGUCUUGCACAUGACAGAAGUUGCAGCUCUAAAGGAAGUCUUAUUCUUCACAGGAGAAUUCAGACUAAAGAGAAAUCAUUCAAAGGUGGUGAGUGUGGCAGCUCCAGUUUUAUCUCACUUAAAACUAUUUACAGAAGAAUGAGGCCAUUCAAAAGCUUGGAGUGUGGAAAAGGCUUCACUCAGAAGACAAAUCUCACUCACCACCAAGAAACACACGCAGAAGAGAAACCAUUUAAAUGCCUGGGGUGUGGAAAAAGUUAUAUUGAGAAGGCACAGCUCACCUAUCAUCAAAAAACUCACACAGGAGAGAAAUCAUUUAAAUGCUUGGAGUGUGGGAAAUGCUUCACUCGUAAGACACACCUCAUUUGUCAUCAAGCAAUUCACACAGGAGAGAAACCAUUUAAAUGUCUUCAAUGUGGGAAAUGUUUCACUCAAAAGACAGACCUCACUCGUCACCAAACAACUCACAAAGGAGAGAAACCAUUUAAAUGUCUUCAAUGUGGGAAAUGUUUCACUCAGAAGAUAGACCUCACUUAUCACCAAGCAACUCACACAGGAGAGAAACCAUUUAAAUGUCUGGUGUGUGGGAAAGGCUUCAUUCGGAAGACACAGCUCUCAUAUCAUCAAAAAACCCACACAGGAGAGAAACCAUUUAAAUGUCUGGAGUGUGAAAAAGGCUUCACUCAGAAGGCAAAUCUCACUCGCCAUCAAGCAAUUCACACAGGAGAGAAACCAUUUAAAUGCCUGGAGUGUGGGAAAAGUUUUAUUGAGAAGGCACAGCUCUCAUAUCAUCAAAAAACCCACACAGGAGAGAAACCAUUUAAAUGUCUGGAGUGUGGGAAAGGCUUCAUUCGGAAGACAAAUCUCACUCGCCACCAAGCAACUCACACAGGAGAGAAACCAUUUAAAUGCAUGGAGUGCGGAAAAGAUUUCACUCAGAAGAUAGACCUCACUCGUCAUCAAGCAAUCCACACAGGAGAGAAACCAUUUAAAUGCCUGGAGUGUGAAAAAAGUUAUAGUCAGAAGGCACAUCUCACUAAUCAUUACAAAAACUCACACAGGAUAAAAACCAUUUAAAUGCCUGGAGCGUGAAGAACAUUACAUUCAGAAGAUGCAGCUCACUUAUCAAAAAACUCACAAAGGAAAGAAACCAUUUAAAUCCCUGGUUUGUGGGGAAAGCUUUACUCAGAAGACAAACUUCUGUCAUCAAAAAACCCAAAAUAUGAGAGAAACCUGAAAUGUGGAAAAGGUAUAUGUAGAAGGCAUUCCUCCCUCAUCAAUAA